AUGGAACAUUACAGAUCAUAUCGGCUUGACAGCAGCUACAAAGAUCUGGAAAUACUUGACCAGGAAGAUUUGAAUGAUUACCACCCUUUAGCUGAAUACUGCGUAGCUGGACAACUGAUGGCCCUGUUACUGCGAGUCUACGUCAGUCCAAAACUUAUCAGAAAAAUCCAGCUGUCCACUGUUCCAGAAUCUGUGAAGCAGCUUCAAGAUGAACUACAAGCAACGCUUGGACUUGAAGGUGACUUUGCAAUACAAUAUGAAGACCCAGAUUUUGGGAACGCACUUUGCAACCUGAUGGAUAUUAAUGAGCUACCCGCUGGACGGGCAGUGUUGCACCUCAUUUGGGAGGAAAAUGCAUCAGCCUCGCCACCACAGACUCCAUCUGAUCAUAGCGCCAUCUCAUCUAUUGAUACAGCCAGUGUGAGUUCAGCAUCUUCUUUCAGCCCAUCCUCAUCCACCCAGACCUACAUGCGUAGCACUUCACAGUGGCCAAAUCCAUUUCCUAUCCCAAUCUUUUCCUAUGAUGUAGAGUUAAAACUUCGCAAGGGCAAUGAGGUAUAUGAGAAAGCAGGGGCAAAUUUAAGUGUAACAAGAGACAUCAAGAUGGAAAUUCUAGACAAGCUGGCACAAGAAAUGUUUGCAAUCAAAGCCUACCCUGACAAGAAUGAAAUAACAUCUGUUGCCCAGGAGCUAGUUUCUAAACAUCCCUGCCUCAAAGAGCCCGGCAAUGGCACAGGAUAUGAUGGUUGGGCAACAAGCAUUAAGUUCAAGCUUGGCAACUACCGUUCCAAGCUAAGUCAAGCUGGAUGUAGUGAAGUUGCAGUCAAUCGAGAAAGAAGAGGGGAAGAAGAUGACAGUGGAUCAAGUAGAUUUUCCUUAAAGAAACCAAAGCGAGGUGAAGUCAAUUUUAUCCCUGAUGCCCCAGAAAACUACAAUGAUGAGUCUCUUGAAAAUGAAAGAUGCAUUUUGGAAGAUGAAAUGAAGAAGAGGGAUAAGAACAUGGCACUCAUCACCCAAAAGAUGGACAUCACAUUCUCUCUCAGGAGGAAAGAAGUUGUGGAGACGCAGCCCUUGGUCAAGGAAAUGCAGCUCAGAUGGCCAGCUCUCUUCUUGAAAGAACAGAUUUGUGCGGAAUUCUCACGCAUUACCACCAAGGAUCUCAUGGGGACCUUCAUGACUGCCCUCGACACUUACUCACUUCGGCUGAUUAAGCUGUAUCGAGUUAGAAAAGCUGCUUUCCGCAAUGACAUGGAUUCCCUGUUGCAGAAGUUUGAUGAACAGAUGGCAGGUCAUGACAGACAGUUCAACUCUCAUCCCACUCAUGGCACUUUUUGUUAUAAAUGUUGUCUCAAACAUAGUCCAGCAUCGACGAACCAUCAGUUUGGAAGGGUUACCGAUAUUUGUUCGCGACGACAAGACCAAACUCUUCUUAACAUGUCUGAUCCAGUUGAGAGGGCAACCCGAGGCGUUACGGUGGGCAUCCUCACUGUUCUGGAGGACUACGUGGGACCCAACUCGCAGUCCACAGUGAUCAACACUGCCAUUGUUUUGGAAGAGGACAUUAUUCUUGAUGAUCUGCCAGACCUUCCUACUGCCUUUGCCUACCUGUUUGGCCUACUUUAUGGGCUCAACAUGGAGUUUCCCAAAGAACUCAAGUACACAUUUGAAGCUCUGCUGGCCAACCUGUCAGUUCCCAGGCAUCAAGCCAUCAGAGAUGACGCCUCCUCACGCCACCAAGUGUUCACUACCUCAUCCUGCACCUUUCAUCCAUAA